CCCCGUUUGCCCACAGCACUCUACAACUACCUUUCCAUCUGGGAAGACUUCACCGCUCAGAUACCAUUGGACAAUUACCCGGCUGUCCACAGCACCAUCAACACCGCAGCGACCGCCGUGCUCAAGACCUUGGAGCUCGUCGCGGAUAUCUUCGGCUCGCCCGCAGAUGCACUGCGAAGAUUCGCGGAACGCGCAGGAGCCCCCCUAGAUAAGUUCGUCGUCCAAUGGUCCCGACUGCUGAUCCUUUGGCUACGGAUCCAGGCGGCCGUACCCAAGGACCUCUUGCGUCGGGGGUCUCCUACAGACAUGAUGGUGUACGAAAUGUUGGACAGCGUCAUCUACUCUUACGCGUCCACGGGCGCCGUCCUACACGCGGCGCUAAAUCUCCCGCAGGACGACAAGAAAUAUCACCCGAGGAUCCUACGACUUUCGAGCGCUUCACCGGCGUGGGUGCCGCUCCUCAGCCGUUUGGAGGUGACCGCCCGCCAAGCUGCGGAUAACCCGAGAUGUUUCGGGCCCGCGUGUUCAGAGACCGAGGCGACAGCCGGGCGUAAACUUCACGUAUGCGGCGGGUGCGGACAUAUGACGUACUGUUCGAAGGAGUGUCAAAGACGGGCAUGGAAAGACCAGCGAGCGCCGCACAAGCCCAUAUGUAAGCUCAUUCAAGACCUGGAAGCUAGUGGUGUUCGUGCUCCAGUAUGGAAGGGCGACAACAUCAUGGCAGCUAGCCUUGCAGGCGCUGCUCCCGAGCUGUACCGGGCGUUGAUGACUCUAGCCGAUCACAUCGACCAACUCACUGCAUGAAGAGCAAAGGAACUGACCGUCGUCGAAAGCGACGGCAUGCUGGCUUGCAACCGCUCAAACAAGCGAUGUUCGUGCUGGGACGUGUUGCGUAUGGAUAUAUGCGAAUGAAUAUAUGCAUAUAAAUCCUUAUAGCACCCAUAUGUUUCGAACUCGUCGCUCAUCGACGCGCUGUCUUUUGCGUUGAAACCGUCAAGGAAAAC